AUGAAACUUUUCAAUGAAAAACCUAAGUUUGGAGGAGGCGACACACCAAGUUUUGGUGACCAAGCUAAUGUUGCGUUUAAUACUGAGAAUUUCCCACUUACAAUAUGUAAUCUACUGAAUUCGCUUUUAGGCAAUAAGAAUGUGCUAAUUUGUUUGCUUGAUCGUGCAGUUAAUAAGAAGUGA